UGGAGGACCAGAAGGCAGAACUUAACGAAGAAAAGGUCUUGGAGAUGAUCGAGUCUUCGUACCCCAACCCCAUUACAGUCAAGGAUAUGGCUAAGCGAUCAUCAGCUUCUCUAGAGGACGUGGAACUCUACAUCUCUGCCUUGACGGAGAAGGGUCUCAUUAAGCCAAUGGCACCUGGAUGCUACACACGUAUUGUGCAGAAUGAAACUGAUGUCAAGGUUGUGAGGCAGAUGCCAACCAUUGCAUCAAACAAGCAGCCCACAAUUGCCAUUAUCACAGCUCACUAUGCAGAAAAACUAGCAGUGGAUACCAUGAUCGAGAACCAGGAAACCUUCGUCAGAUACACCACAGUCGGUGGUACAUACGGGGAGAGUAACAUCUACACACUAGGCAACAUCGGAGCACACAGAGUUGUGUGCACCAAACUCCCUACAGUUGGUCGAGAUCGGUCAGCCUCCAUUGCUGCUGGAAAUACAACUACACGGUUGCUUGGGACUUUCCAGAAAGUGGACUAUGUUUUCCUUGUGGGAACAGCAGGAGGAGUUCCACACUACACAGAUUACAACAAGCAUGUUCGACUCGGUGAUGUUGUUGCGUCAAGUCCUCCCGAUGGACAGAAGUUUUUAUACAUGUAUUGUGAGGGAGCAAAGGUAUUAGAAGAUGGACUGUUUGAGUUUGACACCAAGUCUUGGGGACCACCUGACCUUACUCUACAGAAAAUUGCUCAACAGCUAAAGGAACAGGGUGAGGAAGCAUGUGGCCCAGCACCCUGGCUCCAGUACAUGUCUGAAGGUAAUGGCAAAUUAGCAGCACAGGAGAUGGACUUCAAGAGACCAGAUGAAGGGACAGACAAGCUGUACAUGAGUAUUGGAGGCUCAGAUGUGAUUGAGGUGUCUCAUCCCAUGCCACCCGAAGGGGCCGAGAAUGUCAGGGACCCGACAAAACCUCGCAUUCACAUGGGGGUAAUAGCCUCAGGUCACUCUGUGGUUUGCAACGAUCAAAUGAGACAGGACUUUGCUUCUCAACUCGGUGUGCUCGCUUAUGACCAGGAGUUUGAUGCAGUUGUGGAAUCCAUCUAUGGCAAUCGCAAGGACCAUUACAUGUUCAUUAGGGGCAUUUCUGAUUACCAAAGAUUGGAAAACACAGGAAAACAAAGAACAACCUUCAGAGACGGCAGCAUAUGCACUCCCCUAGCAAGAACACAGACUCUCUUUCCACUGAAAGCUCACAUUAUCUAG